AUGCAGCCAGGCGGCGCUUUCUUGCCAGUGAUUCAUCCCACUGUCAUGGUGCUCUCCACCGUUGCGUCCAUGUCUCCUCAGGAGGGCGACCAAGCAGUCCACACGAUGAUGCGUGACUCUGGCACUGCGCCGCUACCAUCUGCCUCCACCAGACAAGGUCAGAAAGGCUUGCUCCAUCGGCUGGUAUCGCGAAGUACCGAAGCCAAUCUGGCUCCUCAGCGCCCACCACCCUCGCUAGCACGGCACAGGGGGCAAGGGCCGGGGUCUGGAGUACCGCUGGAUGCACGCCAGGCACUGUGGUGCGCCCAAGCGAACACUGACAGGCUCGAUGAGACACAGCAACCACCACCAGCAUCGAUCAGAAUUGGGGUAAUGUCUCGCACUUCUACUUCUCCGCGUCUACGCCUUGCUUCUUCUGUCAUUUGCACCUGCGUCACACAUGGCCUCGACAUGGGCACCAACAGGAUCAGGAGCAUGAUGCGAACCGCCAGCAGCGCCACCUUGGAGCCCACGUUGUGCCAUUCCCACGCCGCUGGCCGGUCUCGACUAUUUCGCACAAUCAUUGACCAUGGCCGAGGCUACACUUUUGCCAUGGGCGACUCGCCCCACCUGCCUUUCACUAAGAUACCUUUAAGUAAAGCUCGUGGCCGGUUGUCUUACGACCGAGGGCUAGGAAGACGUGGUCGUGAGCGAGCUCGCCGAAUCGGUGUAGCAACAGCCGGGCUGGCACAGUCCAGGCAGUGCCAGCUCGCCGAAAAGCUUCAAGUAAGCAUCUCCUCAAGGAGGGAGUCGACAGUUGAACGACUCAUGGGUGGAGACCCCAGACUUCCACGUCGGUCAGGUCAGGACAUGCUACCGAUGCCCGCGCCGGCGCCAACCGUCCGCUGCCCAACCCAAGCACCCCACGAGUCCCAUGCUGGAUUGCAUACAACUCGGCCUGUCCCUCGGUCCAUCAACCACACCCUACCAACCUCGAGCAUCAAUGGGCUGAAGCAUGCGGGCAGCAUGCUGGUGACUGUCCAAACCUGCCUCUGGUGCCAGGCACCAUCAGUAUGCCUCGAUCCCGCUUCUGCACCCCAGCCGGCCCUUCUGGUCCAGCCCAUGGCCAUCCUGAGUUAUUCAUUGCGUUACAAAGUUCUCAGCCACUGCAAUGUACAUGUACUGCAACGUCUCUGCUUAACCCCACACCACACCCACACACGGCGCCAGUCGCCCGUUUUCCCCUCCCAUCUCUUGGUUCGCUCGUCUGGUCUCGACCGUAUGCCCAAGACCCCUGUUCCCCUCAUUGCAACCCUGGAAAAGCCUGGCUCUGUCGCUCCCUAUCCUCUUGUGUGCAAGCGGCUCCCAUCCUACCCCAAGGGGGAGAAGAGGAGAAAUCAGACGAUCCUGGCCCUGUCGCCUGUGCCACCUUUCGGCUUCGAGAACCAGCCGGGGGACAUCAUCCGCUAA